AUGGACACGAUCAGAGGAAGUUCAGAGGACAUUUCCCCACCUGCUUCGAGUGAACCAACGAGCAGCCGUGCGUCCAGAAGAGGUCCUGAUGUUCAGAUGCAGAUGAGCUCUGAGGAGACUGCAACCAGCUCCUCAGCCUGUGGUCCAGACCCAGGUCAGUGUCACUCUGAUAUCACAGAUGGAGAUCCAGAAGUACUGAGAGCCAUGGAGGAAAUGAGACAUCUUGAUGACAUGCUGUCUUUAAAGAUCUGCAAAGAAAAAGAAGUCAAGCGUCAGAGAAAAGAGCAUCAAGCCAAACUCUGGCAAGAUCUCCAGCAGAAUAAACCCAAAAGUCACUCUGAAUGUGCUCAUGAAGCUUUGAACACAAAGCUGUUUUUAGCCCUGGAAGAAGACAUUGGGAAAGAGGAAGAAGAACAAAAGGAGGACAACUAUGUGCCUGUCUUUGAAACCCAGGUUCUUGACAGUGACCGUGACAGACAACGUUUGGAGCCAAGUUAUAAGAAGCCAGAGAACUUCACGGACUCAUCAGAGACUGGGGAAGAGCAAUGUGAAGACAGCCCCUGUGGAGCUUCCAGAGGCAAGAAAAAACAGACAGACUUUGUCAAGAGAAACAUUGAGCUUGCAGUUGGUGAUGGGGACCAAAUGCCUUUGACCCAGGCUGAGAAACAGCGUCUGGCCGAGCUCCUCCAACAAAUAGACGAAGAGGAAGAGGACGUUGCCAGAGGCGCAGGCAGCGAGGCGGACGUGUGGGCGAUGUCAGUCCCGACAGGACAAGGUUACACCCCAGUGCCCUCUGACCUGGAGCAGCUGAGUGACAUUGACUCGAAAAUCCGCCUUUUCCUCCCCGUUGAAGAAUUUGUCUCGGUGCAAAGUUCCUACACAAACAUCAGCGUGGCCCAGGGCCGCGGUUCAGAGGUUGGCUGGAAGUGCGAUUGGGACCCGCAGCCAGGAGAGAAGGUCCUGCAGGAUAGAAAGGAGAGGAGAGGGCUGGAGAGGCAGCUCCAAGAGAUCCAACAGCAGCUGGAGAUCCUGGGCCAGAGCCCAGAGAUGACUAACGAGUCUGCAAACCUCACGGAGGAGGAGUUACUCAGACUGCUGGAGGAAUGUGAGCUGACUGAGCGUUGGAGCCCACAGCUGGAGACGACUGACACGACAUGA